AUGAGUGGCUAUGAGAUUGUCAACGUGCCGUGCAUAGCCUACGGCUACUCGUUCCUCUGCUGCACCCCGCUCGCCCACGGCUUCCUCGUCUGCGUCCCCUUCGCAUGGCAAACCUAUCGGAUCCGCAAACUAGGCGACCUCGGCGGCACUUGUGUUGCCGAUAUACUCAAGACGUGGUUUUGCACCGAACACAGUUUCCACUCAGAAACGGGCGACGAGGCCAUGGAGCGCAUCGUCGCAUCCGAGGACUCCACCUUAGAUCUGGCUGUGAUGGCAUUGCCUGCGACUCCACAGCACAUUGCUUUUACGGCUCCUGCGCGAACGACUCAAUCUGAGAUACCCAGUCACCUGGACAAGUCCGAGAAUGAUUCGCAUCCGGACCCGGCUAGCGAGCACAUCUGUAACAACGGUGAAGCGGUAAUGGCAGAAUAA